AUGUCACCGCCGAACGAAGAAGAAAACCAAAUUUUCGUCCAGCAGAUCCUCAAUGAGCUGGCGCAUACAGCCUAUGCGUGUUCGGAUUUGACAAAACUAAGCGGCGGAACAGCCAACUUCCUGUAUCGCGGCACUCUUCUCAAGCCACUCGAGAAAGAUACAGACGCAAAAGCAGCUCAAACUGUCGUCAUUAAACACUCUACAAACUAUGUUGCUAUCAACCGCAACUUCCCUCUCGAUGUCACACGCUGUCUCUUUGAAGAGUCUAUGCUCCAUGCUUUAGAUGGAGUCAGCCACACCAUCAUCACUCCAAGCGGCCCAGCACUGGUUACGACGCCGCGACUCUACAUGUUUGAUCGAGACACAUACACUCAGGUUCAUGAAGACUUUCACGAAGCUACCGAUCUAAUCACCAUUUUGCAAUCCGCCAAUGUCGAUCAGAUACUGCCUGAAUCCAGCCGCCAAUCGGUCGGCUAUGCCUUCGGUUCUUGGCUACGUUUCUUUCACAAAUGGACCUCAGAGCCAACCCAGGCUACGCUUCGAGAAAGAGUAGGGCCUAACAAGGGAAUGCGCCAUUUAAAAUGCCUUAUCACCUAUGAUAGCUUCAUCGAAAUACUCGAACGCCAUCCCGAGACUAUAGAAGGCCAUAAAGAAACAUUAGAAGCUGUCAGGACUACCAUGAAAUAUGAGUUUGAGCGACCGCCAACAGAAGGGGAUGAGCUCCGUGGGCUUAUUCACGGAGACUUUUGGGCUGGCAAUGUUCUACUCCCAGGUAGCUCGUGGCAGGAGGCCCAACAGUCUAGCCAAGAUCCUCAUAAACUCUUCAUCAUCGACUGGGAGAAUGCUCAGUUCGGUCACCGCGCUGUGGAUAUUGGUGGCAUGCUGGCCGACCUCUACGAGCGCAAACACUUUAGAAACGUCGACGGUAGUGUUCCCAUUAUGCAGGGAUUCAUACAGGGCUAUGGUCCGAUGAGCGAAGAGCUGGCAUUUAGCGCUGCCAUUCAUGCUGGCGUGCAUCUUAUUUGCUGGUAUUACCGGCGAAACCGAAACGAUCCUUUGCCAUUCCCUUUACCCAAGGUCCUAGCUGCCUUGAUCUUGGGUAGAGAUUUCAUUCUCAGAGGAUGGGCUAAAGACAAGAAGUGGUUUGAAGGCUCCGUCUUGGCGCCUCUGUUCCCGCAAAACAAAUAG